AUGGCUGUCAACGCUCUCCCUAAGCGUUACGUUUUGUCUGGAAUGAUUUUUGUUGGAUUCUUUGUUAUGUCCGGGCUGAGAGUAAAUUUGAAUGUCGCUAUUGGUGCGAUGGUCAAUAAUCACACGGCUGUAGUGGAUGGAGAAAUAAUCUGUAGGGUAAGUGAAGACAGCACCUCAGAGAAAACUCGUUCAUGUAACACUUAAAUCAACUUGUGCCAGAUAAAAAUCCUCAUGCAAACACUAAGAGAAGCUCAAUUUUUUUAAUGUAUAUCGUUGGUAACGAUAGUGAAACGUAGUUAAGCUUAACACUUAGUUAAUUAUCUUACCACUUUUCGAUCCACUUCAUUUUUCAAUUCACUAUUGCUAGCGAUCACCGCUUGCAGCCGACCAUGACUUAUUUUAGCGCUAUUGGUUUGUCUCUAUUCUAUGAUUCCAUUCUUCCGUAAGCGACCACUUCACGUGGGCCGACCUCAGUACAGGUGCCCUUCGUGUAACCGGACGUUUUAAAAGCCACAAAUGUUGGUCGAUAUACCGUGUGUUUGCCAUUCAGUUUGAAAGUGACUUACCAAGAGACACUCUUUUUGCAAGAUUUUUUACUUUCAAGAUUGCGAUGCAAUCGUGUAGUUAUUCUUUUGGAUAAAAACGUGUUUUCCAUGACAUCGUUAUCGGGUUUAACAUUGUAUUUCUAAAGAUAUCAAAUUCCUAAAUGUUUAUUUUCCUCCAAACAAAAGAAAUUAUAUAAAUAACACCUAAUCGGUAAUAAUGUUUUAUCAACGAACUACCUUUAUGUGAUAAAAUUGUUACUUCAGAAUUGUCUUAACUGUUCUACAGGAAGCGGAAUUCAAAUGGGAACCUGAACUGAAAGGUAAAAAAAAAUAAAUGAAUCAAUUAAAAUUGAUGACGUUAACAUUUAUAACCAGGCAGUACAUAGGCAAGAAGCUUAUCUUACAACCACGAAGAUCCAUAAAGAGUUCCUAUGCUGCAUUGCUAAAAAUUAAUCAUGGCGUCAAGAUCCUAUGGUAGGAAAUAUUCACAUGACAGGUGUCUGACAAGGAAACUACUCGCAGUUUAGUGUACAUUCGAUGGCUAUGGUAAAGACAUUUGUUAUGGGAUAUACCUGUAACGAUAAAUACCUGGAAAUUUCCAGAAUGCUGAGACAUGCUGACUUGCAUAACAUGGAACCAUAUGAAACAUUAUAUCAGGUCACGUAAUCAUAAUGUAAUAAUACUAAAAUAGUUGUGUUGUAAGCCUCCAGAAUGUUUGAGAAUACUUUGUAGAAUUAUUUCGUAACUCUUGUCGGGAGUGACCGACUGUUUGGAAAGCUAUACUGAGGGAAAGCUACUGUGAAAUUGUUCCUCUCAAGGAGCAUUGAAGGAAACUGUGAUUUUUUUUGGUCAGUGGUGAGCUAAGAUAUACCUUGUAGUGGGCUUAAGUAAGUGUAUUGAGGAUUAAUACUGUACUGACCAUAGGAUUUGCUCCUUAUUAAAAAUAUUAUUACAAGUUGUGUAAUAAAGCAGUUGAGUCUGUGGGAUUGUUAUGUUCUUUCUGUCGGUUAGAUUAUGACGCAACACAAGAUAACUUCAAUUUUUUCCCCCUAGGUGUAAUUUUAGGAUCAUUUUAUUACGGUUACAUGGUGUUCCAAAUCCCAGGGGGAUGGUUAGCAUUACGAGUGGGUGGAGGUCGUCUGUUUGGAGCUGCUGUCAUGAUCGCCUCAUUGUUUACUUUGUUAACUCCCAUGGCAACGCGCUGGAACCCAGUUGCAUUGAUUGUAUUAAGAAUAUUAGAGGGCCUCGUGUUGGUGAGUUAAAAAUAAUAAUAGUGAUGACACUGAUAACGAUUGAAGUAAAAAAAAGUGAAAUUAGUACUAGUAUUUUAAAUGAUGCAGUUGAAAAUAAUCAUAUUUUAGGAAAUUGUCUUAAGCUUCGAUAUUAAAGUAGUUAGCGACUUACAAUAACAUAUUUUAUCAGGGAUAAAGUCUCAUAAAACUGGGGCAAUGCAUACGAUUAUAUUUAGGAUUAAUACUUAAUUUCUUUACCAGGCAUUUGUCGGAGGGAGGUAAUGUGGGGAAAAUAGAAUUUUGACUUACAGAGGAACUUGAGCCCUUUAUUACACCUAUUUCGAAAUCACUGGUGGUCCCUGUAAUCUGAUUGGCUCUAAUUGAUGUGAUUUAUUCACAAAUUGCACCAUUUUUUGCUUUAAAUCGCAUCUUUUUUCCAGCCAAUGAGGUGGCUACACUAAAAACAGAACAACCAAUCAGAUUUCAAGGCUUGUUUAAAGUAACCCGUCAAAUUGCAGGAAAAUGAAAGACAAAGACUGUCAUGCGGCAAAUUUUGCAACUUUUGUUUCAAAAACUCUUAUUUAUUCCCCCAAAAAAUGGAUGAAUUUAAUUUCAGACCGGCUCAGUAAUACAUCAAUGAAAUAUUUGAACUUACCAGGUCCUGUAUUUGGGUGAUUUCAAAAUGGAUGUAAUAAAGUGGUAAUUAAACCUCGUGUCGUGCAAUUUUGGUCUGAAAUCAUACUUUUGGUUAUAAAUCGAACUCGCGCUGGGCGCUCGUUUGAUUUUGAAAUCAUGCGUAUGAUUUCAGCCCAAACUGCACUCCACUCAGUUCAAUUACCAUUAUGUAUCAUUAACAUAUUUAAACGCCUAAAACAAAAUGUCAGAAUUUGUCCUCUUGGUAAGUAGUUUUGUAGCCAGUGUAACUUUAUACGUACAAGUGCGAUUUUAGAAAAAAAUUGUUCUUGUGUAAGGACCACGCCCAACGUUCUCACCAUUACCGGUUAGUCUUUGCAAAAGUAAUAGCAAUUCCUUGGGAUAUGACUGCAAUGAAUAAAGGAACUAAUUUGUUUACUUCCAUGAAUGUCAGGGUGUUCUAUUUCCUUGUAAUCACGCUAUGUGGAGUCGAUGGGCGCCUUCAGCUGAGAGAACAACUUUAGUGACGGUUUCCAUAACAGGUUUGCCCUAUAAUUAUAUCUGGUGAUUUUCCUUCAACAAAAUCUACCCAUGCACUCACGCACUUGGACUUUGCUUAUCAUCUCAGGGGGAAGCAUUGGAUACCUCCUUACUAUGCCUAUUACAGGCUUGCUCACCAAAUAUGGUUUUGAUGGGGGCUGGGCCUCCGUAUUUUAUUGCUUUGGUGAGUAUCUGAGCUCAAUACAGUAUUGUGAAAUUUUAUCGUUUGGAAGUAAUGCGUCAAAGACAUAUAACGUACGAGUUUUAUAUGUCACUGACUUCCUUUUCCAUUUGAGUUAUCGAUGAUUUAAAAAUUAUUUCGAUUUUAUUUACGUCUUUAUCUGAACAUUGCAAUGUAGCUGCUGCUGCUUUUAUUCUUUUGCAAUAAACUGCUGUAUCUAUGCUUAAGACUUGUUUCGAUUCUAUGAGUUUUAAAUAGUUUCUACUCGUGGGUCGAUAGCGAUUUUCGUCAUGAAAGUUGGAUAAGCUCAAACUGAAGGGCUCGUUAGACCUAAGCUAAUCUUUCCUCCUUGUCACUCACACGUGCCUGUAAUAUCCUGAUGUAUCCACCCUCUCCUCCCUCCAUUCCACUAAAGGGCCUCUUGCCUUAGAAGAGGUGGCUAAACCAGUCAGUCAGUCAGUCAGUCAGUCACACAAGAAUACUUAAAUAGAAGCCGUAUCGAAAAUGAUUUCAUGGAUUUUUUUUAUCAGGUGUGUUUGGUAUAGUGUGGUACUUCGUUUGGCUGAUGGUUGUCUACGAGUCUCCUGCACUUCACCCGACCAUAUCAGAUGACGAGAAGAGUUUAAUACAAGAAACAGCACUGGACAUGUCUAAGGUAGGUCUCGUACAUGACCUUUGGUGUACUUCUAAAUGGGCAAUGUUCCAUGCAGUGUUUGUGGUAUUUUUGGUUUACAUGUAUGAUCCAGUUCCAUGCCAUAUGAUGUUUAGCAUGUAGAGCUAAUUUAUACUAAAGGGAUAGCCUAUUCUUUAAAUGCUUAAGCGAGAACUGGAUUAUUGGAAAUGAGAAAAAAAUUAAAAACAUGGGAAUUCGACUAAGAUUCAGAUAAGGAAAUUUGCCUCGAAACUUAGGUUAUUUAAUCUCCUCACCUCAAUUCCACUCGCUCCCGCUCUCCUCCCCUACCCUCUCCAUCCCUUCUCCUCCCUCGCGUCUCCACUUCCUCUUUUUGUUCAAGACCUGACCUAAGUGGUCUGGAAAAAUAAAAUAAAUUGUGGCUGAAUAUCCGCGUUUUUCUUAAGUUAGAGACAGUCUUCAUGCAUUGAUUUUAUCUUUUCUACGCAUUCUUCUUCAACUUUAUUCUGAGUUUCCUUGUCCAUUCUAUAACGUUACAUACAUCUUUCCUUUUUUUUAUGAUUAUUUUUAUUUGAUUUAAUCCCAACAUAUAGUACUGUCUUUCUUUCCUCAGGUAGAGAAUAUUGUAAUUCCUUGGAAAUCUAUCUUACUAUCACCACCUGUUUGGGGAAUAAUUGCGGCCAAUUUUGCAUUGGAUUGGGCGUUUUAUAUUUUGCUUAUAUCGAUGCCAACUUUUCUACUAGAUGUCAUGAAAACAUCUAUCACCAGUGUGAGUUUAUAGCACCAUGUUAAGAAUAGGCCAAUUCUAACAGCAGAGCUUUUGUUAGCACAUUUACGUACCUGCAUUCAUUAUAAGACCCGCCCAGGCCAAAGUCCGGCUCGGUGAGAUGCGAGAUGGAAAAAACGCAAGGAGAAAGGAAAAAAAGACGAGGCCAGUAUUAUCUAUAUGCUCAGUCUACACAGUAUGACCUCUAGCAAACUAUUUUCUUAUUCGACACUCAUACUCUAUCGUGAAGUAAGUAAUGGUCCUUGCUAAACUUCUAAACUGGGCUGCUUUCAACUAAACCUAACAUUCAGUGUUAUUCUUCUUUUCUUAUCUUUAUUUUCAGAUGGGAUUCAUGGCUGCUUCACCUUUUCUCGUCGAAGGUGUUUGUUCUCCAUUGUCUGGCUUAGCAGCAGAUGUGCUGAGGAAAAGUACGGUAUCUACAAAGAACGUCAGAAGAGUUUUUUACGCUGCUGGUACGAAAAAAAAAACCGACUCACCAGUCCAUAUUUUCUAUACCUCUAAGUUGGCUAAAGGUUUCUUAGUGACUUGUCUGUGGUAAUUGUCAACGAUUUUCAGUGAAAUGACUGAACUAACUCAACUCGUUUUAACUUCAAGAUCCGAAAACGUAUGUACUCAAUUUUCGUGGUAGAUAUCCUCAUCAUAGGGUUGGCUCCAAGUACUAGAAAGAUGAAGCGAAUCCUAUAUUUUAAUUGGCCUCUCGGUCGGGAUCGCCCUCUUUCAUCUUGCUGGUUUCAUUCUACAAGUUAUUAGGCAAUUUUUCUAUAUAACAAGAAAAACGAAAAAACGUGUUCUGGCUGUUUUAGCUAACACAGGGUUACAAACCCCUUUUUCUUCAGAGUGAAAAAAAGGGGAUCAGCGAUUUGGUGGAUUUUUCUCUAAUACCUGUUACUCGCUUAAGAUGACUGGAUAUAGGUUUCAUCCUCGUAUCGGUCAAUAAAAGCGCAACUUCCAGUCUCCAUUACCUCGAGCUUUUUGCGAAUUUUGUCUACACCUUAACCGAUAAUCUAUUUCACCUUUCUUCUUGAUAAUAAUGUCUUCCUUUUUCUUCUCCAGGCGCCAUAGCGAGUGGGUUUUUAGUACUCAUAGCUGGUUACUCUUUAAAUGUCACAGUGGUCGUUAUUUGCAUGAGUCUGGCUGGAUUGACUACGUCACUGGCAUUCCCGGCAUACACUGUGAACAUGCUAGACAUUGCUCCGCGUUACUCGAGUAUCAUCAUGGGCGUUUGUAACACUGUUGGAACUACAGCUGGGUUUGUCAGUCCAACCAUAGUGGGAUUCAUUGCCCAAGAUAAGGUUGGUAUGGAGUGCAAUUCGAUUGAUUGCAGUUAAACCAAAGCCAAGUAAUUACAACAGCCAAUCACAGCAAAAGAAAAUGUCACAAAGAGCCAAUCAGAAUUCAGAGUAAAAGCACAAAGCCAAUUCAUUUUACCUAAGAGCAAUCAGUAAUGCGAUUUAUAAACAUGUAGAUACCAUGUUUUAAUCUGAGGCGAGCAUGGAAACUCAAAAAUCGAAAUCUUCAGGUGAAAGAUUAUUUUUCCUUUUUGAUGACAUUCAGGAACAUAGUAACUCUUAAAGCAUUGUAAAGUAAGGCAGAAGAGACUUACACUAUGCAGUACUUUUCAAGAUACGAGCCCUGAGUAGCCCAGCGUUCAUGCACUCGACCCGGGCCUCCCGCAUAGUCCGCCAUAUUUGCAUUCGGUCUAUAUCAAAUCAUAAAAGCUCCUAAUGUAAAUGCUGUACUCUAAGUUUUCAAAAAAAAAAUGUUUGACCACAUAGCAAAAUGCAUAACUUCCUUUCCUUCUUUCAUAGACUGCUGAAGAGUGGCAAAGGGUCUUUUUGUUAACAUUUGUAAUUUUACUUGGAGGGACUUUCCUAUUUUGCCUUUUGAUGUCCGGAGAACGACAGGAUUGGGACCAAACUAUGAAUAAACCAACAGACGAAAACAUUGAAUCUGAAAGUGCUACUGGUAGCUAGAACAAUCCUAGACAUAGGUUCUUAGCGUACCUUCGUAUACAAUAUACAUAUAUAAUAUAUAUAUAUAAUCAUUAUUCAUCCGCUGGCGGGGAAACGGGGGGGGGGAGGUGAGGGGGUUGGAGGAUUUGGUUGUUUCACAAUACCGUAUAACUGAUCUUGCCACAGGACUCUGUAAUCAUCUUACGAUCCCCCCUCCCCCUCAUUGUGGUAAAUUGGCCGUCAAUGUCCUAUACUAGGUAAUUUAGUGUUAACAACUGAGUUGAAAACGUAAAUUAGCCACCGUAAAGGGUAAAAAAGCUGACGUUUCGAGCGUUAGCCCUUCGUCAAUCGCUCUGACGAAGGGCUAACGCUCAAAAUGCUCAAAACGCUCAACUCAAAUUACCCACUAUACUCUCCCACCGACGCAGCAUCACGGCUUCUUUAGAAACUUACCCCUUUAUUUAAUGUCCUAUAGUACUUCGUUUAUACUUUGCUGACGACGAAUGAUUCCGCCUCCGUUUCCUAUGAAAACCGUGCGAUUCUCCACCCCAAAAACCUCUGCCUCUUACCCUAACCCAUCCCAGGUGACAAAUAACGAGUGGUUCUUCAGCAAUUUUCUGAGUUGGUUAAUCCAGCCAAUCCGUGGUGAGGAAACCAGUUUGUACGUUAUUCAAUAAAGUUUUCCUUUGUUGUGCAAAAUAGAGUUGAGAUGCAAAAUGAAUGUGUUCUGCAAAAGUGUAUAGAACUUUCCUGCGAGGGAACCUCUUCGUUAACAUUUGUCAAGGUUUAUAUUUGAACUUUUUUUCUAAUUAAACCUCCGUUUGUUAUUUGUUUUGUUUUGUUUUUUUAUCAUUGUAUAUUCUCUAUCAAAUCUAAGGUGUCGCAUUUUAAGAUGUUCCGACGGGCGCCACCUGUAAUCCACCAUGUUAAAACCUCAAGCAAACUACUUCAAAAUGGCUAAAUGCUUUUUUAUGACAUACGGUUUAAAAUACAUCUAUACUACCUUACUCUUUGAUAAAUAAAAUGAAAAAUGAUCAAUGGAGCACUAAUGAAAUAUGAUACGUCUUCUCAUACAGUAUUUGGUAUUGUAUUGUUACUUAAUGUUUUUAACUGUGUAGUUAUGAUUAAUUAAUGAAAUUCAAAUUUCCGCUGCUAAGUAGCGCGAAUUGAUCGGCGUAUCUAUGUAUCUUGUUUCAUGCGGACAGCGUAGUAGUUCUAUGCAUCUCCCUGUCAGAGAUUGCACUCCGCUGGACAAAACUUUUAGUUCUAUGAGGACUAUCUUCGGGCAUAAUUUAAAUCAAGUGCACCAUAUUGUAAGUAUUGUCAGAUACGCUGUAAAUAUUUUUACAAGGAUUUAGUGGCCUUAAUUUAAAAGAAUGGCACCUUGUUCGAAUGGGAUUCCGAAGAGGUACGUCCUUUAUGUCUUGGUGUUUUGGAGUUUCUUUACAAUGUACGCGUUGCGAACCAAUCUGAAUGUGGCCAUCGGAGCAAUGGUCAAAAACCACACAGUUGUCAUCGAUGGAGUCGAGACAGAAAAGGUAGAUAACGCUACUCUUACUUGAAUCCCUUGAUUCAAAAUUUUAUUACGCUACAUAAUUAGAGAAAGACAACUCGCAGACUGAUCAUGGAAUAGAAACCGACAAGGAGGUAAAGGUCUGUGGUCCGUGGUUUCGCGACUCAAGGGAUUUUUUCAAGUAGAGAAGGCCAGGGUCUUGAGUUUUCCGAAUAAAUUUAACACCCGCCGUGACCGACUUUACACGUGCGGGUGGCAUUUUUAAAAAUGAUAAAUUCAAGUUUUCAUAUCACCGAAAUCAAAUAACCACAUAGUAACGAAGACUGCUGCUUGUAAAAGAGGGAAGAAUCUUCGCCUGUUAAAUAAAGUAAGCUUUCAGAGCGUGCACUCAGAUUGCGUGGUAUUAAAUAAUCAACUAAAUUCUCUAACAUGUAAGGAAGUAUCAAUGACACUGUAAAAAGCAAUGCCAACAAAAUUUUGUUGUUCUUCUUGCAUCAAAUUGACACCACCGACUUUGAUACUGACUUUAUGACCGCAAGGAUCGCGAAAUAUAUUUCCAAGAUCGUGGUCACGGCAAAAAUCCUUGCCAAUCCGGUCGCCCAUAGCAAGGCUGGAAUAAACAAGUGAUAAACGCAUUUAAACUUUACCCAACUUGUUUCGUCGUCAAGUUCUUUUUCUAGCUUUUUUUUUCCCAGGAGGCAGAAUUUAAGUGGAGCUCAAAAUUACAAAGCAAGAUUAAUUUGAAAUUGUCGUUGUUCUGUGUUGACGUAUGGUAUAUAUAGAGAGAAUAAUACAUGGCUGCGCGUAGAUAUGGAAUUUCUUAUAGUGUGUUCAACUCGAGUUCAACACAAGAAAUUCACUAUACUCACAGGGGUGGUACUGGGUUCGUUUUAUUACGGCUACGUUGCGUUACAAAUCCCCGGAGGCUGGCUUGCCUUAAAACUCGGAGGAACGCGCCUGUUUGGUUCAGCGGUGCUGAUGGCUUUGGUCUUAACAUUAUUAACCCCGUUAGCUUCCAGAGCAAGUGUGGUGCUUCUUAUUGUUGUACGAGUUUGUAAAGGAUUGGUUCUGGUUAGUAUUAGUUUUAAUUACCGAAUUCAUAAACGAAAUAAAGCACGAUGGAAAGGUAACAAUCCUAGAUGCAAUUCUGAUUUUAUCAAUAAGCAAGUGGGUUAUGUGUUAGUUUUAUUUGAGUGGUCCUGUUGAAGUGACCGUUCAAUACAGUUAACUAAAAGACACAACGCUAACAGGCCGUUGGGACUCGGUCAAAGAUGACCGCGACCGCUCAAGAGGUGACCGCUUUUUGAAGGUGAAAAUUGCAGUAACUAAGGGGAAAAACUUAGGACUUUGACAACUGAACACAUAGUACAUGGUGACCGCUAAAUACAAUGCGCCCUAAGGCUCGACUCUACAAAGACUAUAACCUCCCACGUUACCUCAGACUUCCUUUUUUUUUCAUCUCUAAUCUGCCUCUCUAGCCACAAAUGAGCUUUUACCUGGUUUCUGACACAUAUUUGCCAACUAUUAGGGAGUAUUGUUUCCUUGUAACCACGCUAUCUGGAGCAAAUGGGCACCAAGCAUGGAGAGAACUACUUUAGCCACUAUAGCAGUCACAGGUACUUUUCAAACCCGUUCAUUUAUCAUUGAUUUGUUUUAUGGAUCGUUGAAAAUUGGUCUAAAAAAAUUGUUUUCUUGGAUGGAAUUAUACCGAAGAGACAAGAAUUAACCACUGGCGUAGCACAUUGAUGAAGGAUGCAAAAGAUCGGCAUGGAUUUCAAAUGAUAAUCUUGAGAAAUCUACUCCUAAAUUUUUACGAGAAGCACAGGUCGCAACAAACUUCCUUCUGCUGGUCUCCCACUCAAUUUUUGGCAAGUUGGUAAAGAAAUAAAGAUAUUUCAAAUCGUUUUCUCCAGCUUGGUUUUUUUCUUCUUUUAAUGGUUUUCCCAUGGUUGGAACAAAAUGUUUUCAAAAAUGCAAAACUUGACAUUUCUGAUUGAAGGUUGCACUGUUGGCAGUAUAGUAACAAUGCCGAUUUCUGGGUUGUUAACAAGAUAUGAUCUUGAUGGUGGAUGGCCAGCUGUGUUCUAUGCAUUUGGUAAGAAAAAUGUUUAAGAUAUACAAAUAAUCCUUAGAUUGCUUUGCUUAAUCAGGCAAAUAAACAAAGAUGAACCAAUUCUCUAAGGCCUCAAACCGGAUUCAACAGUCAAAGGAAGAAGAUAGAUUGACAUCUAUGAAAGUUGGGGUAGGCAGUGGCGGUUUUGUUCGUAAAUUUCUUAGGAAGUAGUGUUUGAUUUUGCCUCACUGUUAGUUUUGCCUAAAGUGGUGUCGCGGGAGGUCUUAACCAGAAUAGUUUAAUUCCGCUGAAUUCGUUUACAAGGCAAACGGAAGUCAUUAUUCGGAGUCGUGCACAAGAAGACUGACGUUCUGAUUGAAAACAAAGUAAAAGUACAAGGCGCGUAGAUUGCUUGAAAAAGGAAGAAUUGGUAUUUUUAUGGAAACAUUCUCAGUGCAAACGAUAACUUACGAGUCUAUCUUAACUAGAAAUGACUUUCAUGAGAUAUAGAUAUCCCAACUGACAAAGCUCAGACUGUCCCUCAUCAUCCUCCUACUUUCUUUUUUUGCCAUUUCUACCUUUUUUUACAUUUCAAAGUAAAUUAGAGAAUAGCAGCAACUUUUCUUUCAGCCUGGCCCGACCGAAAUUAGUUUACUUUUGUAAUGUACACAUAAUAUUUUGUACGAUUUACUUUUACUCGGCUCAUUUUCUUCGUCUCAGAUGGGAUUUGCGGCUGCCGCUCCGUUUGUUUUCAAAUCUUUAA